CGCGAAUUAAAAAAAAAGUGUCAAAAGGUGGUGUUCAAAGCGGGAGAAGAGGGUUGCUCACGAACCCAAAAAGGAACCGAAAAGUGUCCGAAAGUGAAGCAGUGUGUUAAACCGAACCAUUGACGCGUACCGUGUCUAGUGCCCUUCGAGCACUUACCAAUCUUUCUUCCCAGUAGCAUAGCCCGCUGGGGGGGGUCUGAUCGCCCGGGUCGCCAACCUCGAGGCAUCGUCAUGGCUUGGAUUGCCACCGGCAUCGAUCUGCGUUAUCUCUGCUGGUGCUGCUGGUGCCGGUGCCGCUACAAUCAAAGGCAUCUUCUUCUGGCUGUGAUAUUCAUCUUUAGUAUCGUAAUGGGAGCACCACACACCGCGGAGAUCGCACAACGGGCGGUGCUGGGGCUGGGACAUCAGCCAACUAGUGGCAGCUAUCAGCCGCCGCAUCCACAUCCGGCAACCGGGCAUUCGACAUUCGGCGCACCACCACCAUCGAUGGCCGCGUUUCCGGCGGCGGCGGCGACGUCAGAACCGAACAAGCUCUUCACCACCGCCAACAACACGAAAGUCACCGCACAACGAGGCGGCACGGCGUUACUACCGUGCAGCAUCAUCAGCCAAACACUGGCCACGGUAUCGUGGAUCCGGCGCCAGGACUUUCAGCUGCUGACGGUCGGGCUGUCGACGUACAGCAGCGAUGAGCGGUUCAUGGUGGCACAUUUGCGCCACUGGGGCCUCUGGGCGCUCCGGAUUAAAUCGGUUCGCGCCGAGGACGAAGGCAUCUACGAGUGUCAGCUCUCCGUUCAUCCCGUACAGUCAGUGUUUGUCGAGCUUAAAGUAGUAGAGGCUGAAGCCGAAAUCGUAGGAGCACCAGACCUUCACAUCGACGAAGGGUCUACGCUGCGAUUGGAGUGUAAAUUACAACGUGCCACAGAAAAUCCCACAUUUGUGUUCUGGUACCACGAACAAGACAUGGUGAACUUCGAUCAACUGAACGGAUUUUCGGUCACACCCUUCCAACCAUCGGUUGCCGGUGGCCAUCACCAUCAUCUACAGCACUACCUGCCCCAUCCGGUGCACGACCAAGAUGGGCUACUCCACUCGGCCUCGGAGGAGGAGGACGAACAGGACCAACAGCAGCAACAACAUCAGCCCGACUUUGGUCUAACAGACGAUGAGGACGAACUGCAACGUUCGUUACAAGGGGACCAACGGAUCCCUUCCUCAUCGGCAUCAGCAUCCUCUUCACUGCUGCUCGCAUCACUGGCCGCUGCCGCCUUCUCGGCUCACUCCUACCAACAUCUGGAGUCACGAGGGCUGAUGGACCUGGUGGAUUCGUUUGAGCUGCAAGACCCGGCCGAAGGGCCGGUAACCGAUUCGUCCUCGUCCGAUGCACCGGACGUUCAAUCGCAUCGUCGUCCGCAUAAUCAUCAUCAGCAUCAGCAACGGUUACAUCACAUCCAUCAUCACCAUCAACACCAGCAUCAGCAUCACCAUCAGCAUCACCAUUUUCCACGGGGUGCGUGGCCAGCGAACUACACCACCAGCCCGCUCCUCUACUCGCACAUCCUGACACCGGCCCCCAGUGUGCUCACGAUCAGGAAGGUCCAUUUCAAGCAUGCCGGCAAUUACACCUGCGCACCAUCUAAUGCCCGCCCGGCCAGCAUCACGGUGCACGUGUUGCAAGAUAAGAAACCGGCUGCCAUGCAGCACGCUAACCGGAGCCAACUAGAUGAUGGCGGCAAGCAGUCUAGGAAUGGUGCUUCUCAUCAGCUGGCAGGUCCGAGCGUGAUGACUUCGGUCGUUGCGCUGCUAGUCACAGCCGAGCGGCUAGCAGGCCACUUAUGCAGCAGACGAUUCACGCAUCGGUGAAACAGAAUGUGAAUUAACUUUGUAAUUAUGAUAUAAAUACAACAACAACAAAAAACAAUCAAACCACAGCAACAGCAGUCAUCUACGCGACGUGCUGUUCGCCACGAGGCCAAGAUGCUGAAGGGAUGAGCACAAUGUAGAGAGAGAUCUAUUAUUUUGCAAGAAGCGAACGGGAAGGAAGUUAAGAUAAGAAGGUAAGGAAGCAGAAGGAGAGGGAGAGGAAGAAAAGCGCAACAGUAUUUUCAUCCAACUGCAUUUAAGGAAGGAAGGGACUACAUCUGUCAUUUGACUGUGUCCAUGUGUAGUUGGUCUUUGGUCUCUUCCUUUGCCCAGGAGCAGCAGCAACGAUGCGAAUGUGGGACGAUGGCACAUCGUUUUACACAAUCUUAUGCUCCUUCUCCAAUACACACUCACACACGCACUCUUUCUCCCGAUGUCCAACAAAAAUCGUCAGGAAGUGGUGGUAGCGGGUAGAUAGUGAAAAUGUUUGUUAUAUCUCAACGGCAACAACAACAACGGUAGGGUUGGUAGGGACGGUCGGUAGUGGUGUGCGUGUUACGCACACCCUGGGUGAGGGAGGGAGGAAGGAAGGAAGGGUGGGAAAACGGGGAAAUAAGGCAAGCUGUAAGGCAAAGUAUUAUUCAUAUACAGGAAAAUCUUACUUGACUUGAACCAUUGGUCGACUGUAUGGUU